AUUAGUUAUGCGAGCGCUCGUAUCGCAGGCUGCGUGAUUAGCGGCUCGGCCUCGGGAAUAGUUGAUUGCUUCAUCACCGCCUUGUGUGGUGGAUAAUCUGAAUUACGAUAAUGGUAAUGACCUCGCGCUUCACGCGCGAAGUGAAACUCUCGCGCAGGACUAUGCCGAGAUGACAGAUAUCACUUGCUAGUGUCUUACCGGCCGCUAGCUACCAAGUCGCGGCGUAUAUGAUAGGCGCGGCCGCUGAGCUCUUACUUAACGAAGCCUCGAAGCGCCAAGCUAUCGCUGUAGCCUAAAUCCUGAGUAAAACCAAGUAAGCAAAAAGGACCAGUGGUCAAAAUCUCCCGGGCGACCACCGACCAUGCGUCUGGUCGUCCUCGUCCUCGUCGGCCUGGCCGCCGCGAAGGAGCGAAAGAGAGGCUACCUGAGAGGAGUCGGGAACAUCUUUAGGAACAAGGCGUCGACGCAGCGGAACCGCGCCCUCAAGCACCUCGCGAAGCUGGACAGAGAAGUCGCGGCGAUGAAGUCGGAACGUGCCCGGGAUCGCAAGAUCCAGGAGCGGGAGGGCCGCCACGCGGCGGACGAGGCCGCCGGCGAACGCGCGGACGAGGAGGAGAAUCAGGAGGCGGAUCAUACGGAUCGGCGGCGGCUCAGCGUCUUCUCGGCUUCCGCGCGGCGGAAGCGCGCGGCCGGCCACCUCCGACAGGUGGAGAAGAAACAUUCCCACGACCCUCACCCGGGCGUUACGGGGGAAUUGGAGUAUGACCACCCCGUCUCGUACGCGGUCGCCGUCGCGAAGAAACACGCAGAGGAGGCGGCCGCGCCGGCGCUGCAGCUGCGCGACGCCUGAUGGAAAUCCCCCGAGUAAUAUCUGUGUCUAC